CUUUGCAGUUUUGUUCGGUUCAGUUAACAUGUGAACAAGAUUUUAUUUUUAAAGUUUUAUUAUUUUAUUCGUUGUUUUGAUAAUGUUUGACACAUAGAAUGGAGCUGGGUCAUAUUAAGUUACGAAGCCAGGGAGUAAAUAUCUUACAUGGAGCCAUACAUGAGGACCAUGGUCUGGUAUGGACAGAAGGACAAGGAAUUUUUCUGACACCAGUGUCAUUGUUUCAAGGUGAAGUUGAGAAUCAGGAACACAGCAAGCUUGGUGAAUUUGACAAAGACAGUCCAUUAGAAAGUCGUGGUGUGAAGUCCAUCCAUUGGAGUGACAAUAUUUCAGCAGGUCUAUGUUAUAUGUGUGUGGUCCAUGACAGAAAUAUCUCCAUAUGGAAAGUUGAAGGUCGUCAACCUAAACUGUCCUUCAAACAGAUCAGAAAAAUCAACAUUCAGCCUAUAUCAAAAGGAUGUUUAUGGAAUCCAGGUCGUGACAUUUUAUGUGUGCUUUGUCCACAACAGUCAAGUUUGUACUACAGUCAUGUUCAUAACAAAGGCAGUCAAGUUUUACUUCAGUUAGACAGGGAGAAGAUUCGGUGUGGCUGUUGGUCAACUGAUGGAUUAAAAUUUAUUGUCUGUAUAGGAACCUCUCUUAUGGUGUAUCACUGGUCAGAUAUAGAUAACUCUAUAACCACUUAUACAGCUGUACCUUGGACAGUCCCAGGGUUAUUGGGACAUAUAUCAAGUGUUGUAGCCAUUUCAUCAGACAGAAUUAUAACAGCUGCAGAACUACCUCUAGAAUCUCUCUGCAAACAGCAAGAUACAUUCCUCAUUCCUGAUUUAUUGAAUUCAAAUUCAAAUGGACCAGUCAGGGAUGAGCUUACUGAAGGAGAAGUAAUUAGGCCAAAGGGACAACAGACUUCUGCCACAGAAUCAUUGUUAAAUCUUCAAAGAAAUCCUGAUUCAGUGUUAGAAGACAGUUCACGACUGGACUGUAUAGAUUUGUCUGCAGAAAGAAAACCCACUAGAGUUUCCAGUGUAAAUGUGAAGGGUGUACUAACCCCUGAUCUACUUCUGUUUCAGGCCAACUUGAACCAGGUAUUGGUAGGAAGUAAUGUACAGACGUUGAUUCAGGUCUACUUGUUUGAUAGAAAACAGUUCACCAAAACAUGUGAAAUAACACUAGAUAAAGAAGAAAGACCAAAAGGACUUGCAGGUUUACCAAAGUCUUGUUGUCACGAUGACCAAGAUGGUGUGCUGAUUGUAUCUGGUAAAAGGGGCCCUGCUGAUGUAGCAUUUCCAUCAUCAUCAUCUACAGUAACUAUGAAAUCUGUACUGAAGUUCUUCAACCUUAAACAUGGUCGCCAUGAGAAGGCACCACUAACACAUACCCAGAGUGUUCCAUCCAUUCCAGUUUCUGUAUCUGCAAAUGGUAACCAGAACAACAAAGACUUUGACAGCAUCUAUGACAGUGUGAUCAAUUUUGAUACCAACCUCAAAAAUAGUACUUCAUAUAUUAGAGUGGCAGACAACAAAGAAAAUAACAAUACAAGUAAAAGGGCAUCUAAGGAAAGAAGUGACUCUUUUAAAGCAGAAAGCGUUCUUUCUGAAGUUCAGAAGGCAAAUGGUUGCCAUGGUGACAGUAAACAUGUCAACGGUAAUACAGAAAUUGAAAACAAGGCUCCGGUACCUCCCAAAAGGCCAGUUCGGAAAAAGAGAUCUAUGCGGCAGAACAGAGAAGACUUGUCACGGCAGUCUUCUGGUUCAAGUCAGGGUAAAACAGAAGCUACAACUAAAAUGCCCAUGGAAUACCUUUCAGAUUCCCCAGAAAUGUCACCAAGAGACCAUGUUCAUUAUGCUGAAAGUAAUAGUUCUUCUGAAAAAUCUCCAGACCUAAAUAUGAAGAAUGUUGAAAACGAAACAUCAGCAAAACAUGUGACUUGUGAAAAUGAGUGCAAAGAGCAGUCUAAAAUUUUACCUGAAAGUGAAAUACAGGUGGAAUCUGUUAUGUUUAAAUCUGUUUCAAAAGUUAGUGAACACUCUGCACCUCCAAAUGAAGAGCUUUCAAGGGAGAUAAGCUCAUUGAAAAUUGGAAUACAAAAUGAUGUACAUCAAGGAAGUGUUAAAAUUACUGAGGUGGGAGGGGAUGAAAAAAUCUCAGAGUUGGAACUUGAAGUGGAAAAAACUGAUUUUGAUUCACAUAAAAGAAAUUUUGGACAGGUGAACUUUCAAAAACUGUGUCAAGAAGAAACAGAAAAUGAGAAAGUCAUGGAGAAUUAUUUAGAAGAAAAACUGAAAUCAAAAUCUGUGGCAAGUAAUGCUGUUACUGAAACAGUGGGGGCACAGAAAUUGAGCAUAUCAACGGAGUCGUUAGAUGACAUUGACAAACUCCUGAAGGAGCAGAAUGAGAAGAUUACCAAACUACAGGAACAGAUGAAUGCAUUAAGCAGACGUGUGGAUGAGUCUUCUUGUGUGCUGCCUACGAGAUACCAGUCCAUUAAUAAACCAGAUACAGUUCAGAUAUGUUUCUGGUGCAAGGAUGGUUUCAAAAUAGAGAAAAAAUUCUUGUUAGAUAAUGGGAGACUUCAGUUGGAACAGAUAAAGCAGUCAUUUAGUCUGGAAACUGUUGAAAUGCACAUAGAUGACGAGGCAUGUGUAGUUGGAUGCAACAUAGAUGGAUACAUUCCUGUCAGAUUUGAGCCCAGCUCUACCAUCACCAUAAGUGGAAAGCCUGCACUAACAUGACAAAACUCUGUACAUGACAAAAUUCCAGUAGUUGGAGAACCAUCAGGAACACACACUCCUCCACUGGAGAGCCUGCUAUCACACAAAAGAAACCCCACUAAAAAGAGUUUGCUUGUACAUGGCUAAAAUCACAUUUGAAAUCAACUCUUCCUUAAAGUAUAUUUGGUUUCCUGUUGUGUAAACUCUGACAUAAUCCCAACAGUUGGAAAAGCAGCCAUUUGAGGACUAGAUACAGGAAGAAUGUGUUCUGAACAAGGAUAGCAACCUGAAAUAGGAGUUAUAGUGACAGAUAUCCCAUUCUGAUGGAAAACCUGAUUUUCUCUUGCAAAUUUUUACCUAAACAGGAGCAGACACUUACCCUGAAAAUCAGACAGAUGAAAACCAGCUUUUUAUGACAAGAUUUACAUUUGGGGAGAAUCUGUUGGGAUGUGACAAAAUUCUCAUUAGAUUGCGUGUUAUGCUGAAAGUGUUAAUGGAAAUGCAGUUGUAUUGGAUUCAUGUGUUUGAAAAGUCUGCGGAUUUUAGUGGAGUAGUGCUAGCUCAUUUUGAUUGAAUAUCUGCUUCUAGUAGUAUAUUAAAGAGAGAUUUAAGGGGUUUGCUUUGAUGUGUGAUAAAUGCUGAUUUCACUUCCAAAGAUAUAAUUAUGCAUUUGUGUUGUGAUCAACUAUAGCUGUAGACAUGUUUAUUUAAAUACUGAAAUUUAAAAAUUUAAAAGAAUAGAUUGUAACAACAUAAUUGAGCCGUGCCAUGAGAAAACCAACAUAGUGCAUUUGCGACCAACUUGGAUCAAGACCAGCCUGCGCAUCCGCGCAGUGUGGUCAGGAUCCAUGCUGUUCACUUUCAAAGCCUAUUGCAAUUAGAGAAACCGUUAGCGAACAGCAUGGAUCCUGACCAAACUGCGCAGAUGGGCAGGCUGGUCUGGAUCCAUGCUGGUCGCAAAUGCACUAUGUUGGUUUUCUCAUGGUGUGGCUUAUAUAUGUAAGAAUUCAUCAACUUUUAAGGACUUAGUGGUCAUUGUCUUUAGUCCUGAAAAAUCUUCACUACAUGUUGAUUAUUUUAAUUUCUUAUAUUUUUAUGCCCCCAGCAUCUACUGAUGCGGGAGGCAUAUAGUGAUUGUCCUGUCUGUCCGUACGAGGUUAACCAAAUGGGACCAUUUUGUCAAGCGUCAAUACCCCUUGCUAGAAUGACUUGAUACUAAUGCAGAUGUAACGUGUGACCAUUCCUCAUCUUCAGACAUUACCUGACCUCAGUUUGAUCUUGACCUCAUUUUGGACUUGGGUUGCUUUAUAUGGGCCAUCUCUUGGUUAACCAAAUAGGACCAUUUCGUCUAGCAUCAAUACCCCUUACUAGAAUGACUUUAUACUAUUGCAGAUGUAAUGUGUGACCAUUCCUCAUCUUCAGACAUCACCUGACCUCAGUUUGACCUUGACCUUGACCUCAUUUUGGACUUAGGUUGCUUUAUAUGGGCCAUCUCUUGGUUAACCAAAUGGGACCGUUUCGUCUAGCAUCAAUACCCCUUACAAGAAUGAAUUGAUACUAAUACAGAUGUAAACUGUGACCAUUCCUCAUCUUCAAACAUCACUUGACCUCAGUUUGACCUUAACCUUGGCCUUGUUUUGGACUUGGGUGCAAAAUCUAUCGACAAGGAUGCCACUGGGGGCAUCAAGCGUUUAUUGAACGCAGCUCCUUGUUUAUGAUUUUUUUUUUGUUUUAUUGAAAAAAAAAAAGAUCAUUUUAUUCUUUAAAUAAAAUUUAAUCUGUUUGAAAAGUCAAAUUUUAACUAUUUGGUAAUAUCACUUUUAUUACUUUUAUCCAAGAAAUAGAGGAUAUUACACAAGUGUCUUUUCAUACUGAAUUUAUUAAAUGAGUUGAAUAAAACAAAAUGUGAGGCUCUGGAGAGCAUUUUAUCAAUUUUAUUCAAUAAGCGUAAUAAAUUCUACGUGGAAAGACACAAAUGAAAUAUUCCUUUUAAUCACAUGUAACCUUUUCCUGCUGAAACAUCAAAAUAUCUUCUUUCUUUACCUAUUAUAGACUUAGUCAAUUCAGCCAAGGUCUCCUACACUUGCGACUUGAUAUAAACGUAAUACCUAAAUUAUGUAAUGGCUUUAUUUCACUUCCGAGACAUCAAACAUGUGAUGAAAAAAUGAAUUAUUUUUCCAUGUAUAGUCAAAUCAGGCAGGUGACUGCUAAAGAAAAAUUGAAAUUAGAUAAGUUAAUUGACUGGCUGCUUUAGUGGUUGUUUAAUACAUGUGUUAGCUAAGUCAGGUUCUACUAUACAGUAUGAAUGUAGCCUUUACAUGCAUACAGUCCAACCUGUGUAAAGCAUACACCUCUGGGAAAACUAAAGUAUCAGUCUUUUACAGAGGUAGUUGUUCUUCACAGGUUAAUUUACUAAAACAUUUGUCAAAUGGGAAAAAAUAUUUGCCUUCUAAGGUGUUUGCUUUCUGAAGGCAACAUUUACAGAGGUUCAACUUCAAAUUUAAGUGUAAACUCAAUUUCUCAAGUUUGUUGCAAUGGAAUUAAUACUAUGCAAUCAACUGUUAGUGCAAAAAGCAGGGCAUAUCAACUUUAAUUUACAUCUGUGAUGUUUUCUUUGAAGUUUUAUCUCCAUUUUGUUGAUCAAGAGCGAUAGAUAACAAGCCUUAGGAACAUUUUAACCCACCUUUUAAUAAAUUUAUUUUAUUGUCUGUAAAUUUUUCAGUUAGUACAGCAGUUAGAUCUUUUAAGAUGUAAAUUAUGUUUGUUGUCAUUUUAAAACAAGUUUGAUGAUGAAGUCUAUUGAAAACUAAACUGUGGACUACAAGUAAAUUUACAUUUUUUGGAAGAUAUAGAUCUAAACACCACAAGACUUGUUUAACUUAAAGGAACCUGCUUUCUGAGAAGAAUGUGUCCAUGGUACUGUUUUAUGUAAGUACGUCAUAGGUUCCACUAUUUUAGUUACAUUAAGUGAGGUUAUUGCAUUGUAUGUAUAGAACUACGUUUAUGCAAGAAUUAUAUAAUAUACAAUUGUAAACAAGUUUACAAUAGAGAAAUACAUAUAAAAUUUUAUACAAGUCAUUAAAAUGCUCUACAGAUA